AUGAGAAAGGCCAGGAAGCAAAAAAUAAAGGAACGCGAAGAACUAAGAGCGCAAAAAAUUGCAGAAUCCAAAGCUGAAAAAGAGCGUGUGCAGCGUGAAAAAGAGGAACGCGUACGUAAUUACAAGAAGAAACGUUUAGAGAAAACAAAAGUGAUCAGCAAGAAAACCAAACGCGGUCAGCCGCUAAUGAAGGAUCGCAUGGAAUUGUUAUUGAAACAAAUACAAGAAAUGAAGCGUGGGGCAUAGUUAAGAACCAUAGGCAAUAAGAAAUAAUUGUUAGGAUUAAAUAAGAAUUUAUUACGCAAACCAGAAAUAAACAUAUUUCCCAUCAAGAUUUAUAUAUCUAGUGUUAUAUUUAAUGUUAGAAAAUAAAUAAAAAUUUAUUAAUAAAAAAAAUAAACGAUAGUAUUAAGUGCAUCUGUCGCCUUUUCUGUACUUUAAUUAAAAAUUCAAUAAAUAUAUAAAAAAUUAAAAUAGUAAAAGUA